CCUCCCUCUAAAACCACUCUGUGUGGGGAACAUGAGAGCCAGAGCAAAGCUCAGAGAAUCAGUGGGAGUACCUGGUGGCAUGUCUUUGCUCCUCCUCACGUCCUCCAGAGGUUUUCUGAGCCCAGCUGUGUGUCUCUGAGGAGUAAUCAGUCCAUAGAGCCUCCACCGUUCUUUGCUCCAGACAUACCAUCAGACUAUCCUGAACCUGAUCCCAGCUGUGUGUCCUUAAAGAGUAAUCAGUCCAUGGAGCCUCCACUGUUCUUCAAAAAGAUUAUUUCAAAGACGGUACAUGAAAGACCAGGCUGCUGUGAAUGUGAUCACAGCUGUGUGUCUAUGAAGAGUGACGCCUCCAUGGAGCCACCGCUAUUCUUCAAGAAACCGACAUCAACCUUUAGAUCAGGAAAACAAAAGAGGACCUGUCAAAGAACGGUCUCCAAAUGGACACGUAGCUGUGAGUCUGUGAAGAGUGAUGCAUCCAUGGAGCCACCUCUGUUUUUCAAGAAAGACUUUAUAACUUUAAGACCAAGGAAGCGAAGGAGAGUGGACCAGGUGAGCUCAGAGGUUCCCACUGGUCAGUCUGCCCAGCAGCAUCUAACACACCUGGACUCCAUAUUUAUGCUGCUGGAGGACAACAUCAUCGCUUUUGUGAAGAACGAGCUGAAGAAGAUCCAGAAGGUUCUGAGUCCAGAUUACAAAGACAGUGAGAUGGAGGAUGAAGCAGUAUUGCAUUGUGAAAAUGAAGAGCAGUGGAGGAGCAGCAGAGAGGCAGUUCUGAAAAUCACAGUAAACUUCCUAAGAAGAAUGAAGCAGGAGGAGCUGGUUGACCGUGUGCAGAGCAGAACUCCCAGCAGAGUUUGUCAGCAAAACCUUAAAUCUAAGAUGAAAAAGAAGUUCCAAUGUGUGUUUGAGGGGAUUGCUGAAGCAGGAAACUCAACCCUUCUGAAUCAGAUCUACACAGAGCUCUACAUCACAGAGGGAGGGACUGCAGAGGUCAAUGAUGAACAUGAGGUCAGACAGAUUGAAACAGCAUCCAGGAAACCAGACAGACCAGAAACAACAAUCAGACAAGAAGACAUCUUUAAAGCCUCACCUGGAAGAGAUGAACCAAUCAGAACAGUCCUGACAAAGGGAGUGGCUGGCAUUGGGAAAACAGUCUUAACACAGAAGUUCACCCUCGACUGGGCUGAAGACAAAGCCAACCAGGACGUCCAGUUCAUAUUUCCAUUCACUUUCAGAGAGCUGAAUGUGCUGAAAGAGGAAAAGUUCACUUUGGUGGAACUUGUUCAUCACUUCUUUACUGAAACCAAAGAAGCAGGAAUCCGUAGCUUUGAAAAAUUCCAGGUUGUGUUUAUCUUUGAUGGUCUGGAUGAGUGUCGACUUCCUUUGGACUUCCACAAAACUGAGAACCUGACUGAUGUUACAGUGUCCACCUCAGUGGAUGUGCUGCUGAUAAACCUCAUCAGGGGGAACUUGCUUCCCUCUGCUCGCCUCUGGAUAACCACACGACCUGCAGCAGCCAGUCAGAUCCCUCCUGACUGUAUUGACAUGGUCACAUAUGUCAGAGGGUUCACUGACCCACAGAAGGAGGAGUACUUCAGGAAGAGAUUCAGAGAUGAAGAACAAGCCAGCAGGAUCAUCUCCCACAUCAAGACAUCACGAAGCCUCCACAUCAUGUGCCACAUCCCAGUCUUCUGCUGGAUCACUGCUACAGUUCUGGAGGAUGUGCUCAAAACCAGAGCGAGAGGACAGCUACCCAAGACCCUGACUGAGAUGUACAUCCACUUCCUGGUGAUUCAGGCCAAAGUGAAGAAGGUCAAGUAUGAUGGAGGAGCUGAGACAGAUCCACACUGGACUCCAGAGAGCAGGAAGAUGAUUGAGUCACUGGGAAAACUGGCUUUUGAUCAGUUGCAGAAAGGAAACCUGAUCUUCUAUGAAUCAGACCUGACAGAGUGUGGCAUCGAUAUCAGAGCAGCCUCAGUGUACUCAGGAGUGUUCACACAGAUCUUUAAAGAGGAGAGAGGACUGUACCAGGACAAGGUGUUCUGCUUCAUCCAUCUGAGUGUUCAGGAGUUUCUGGCUGCUCUUCAUGUCCAUCUGACCUUCAUCAACUCUGGGGUCAAUCUGCUGGAAGAGCAACAGACAACCUCCAAGAGGUCAAAACCAAGAAAAUCUACAGAGACACACUUCUAUCAAAGUGCUGUGAACAAGGCCUUACAGAGUCCAAAUGGACACCUGGACUUGUUCCUCCGCUUCCUUGUGGGUCUUUCACUGCAGACCAGCCAGACUCUCCUACGAGGUCUGCUGACACAAACAGGAAGUAGCUCACAGACCAAUCAGGAAACAAUCCAGUACAUCAAGGAGAAGCUCAGUGAGAAUCUGUCUGCAGAGAAAAGCAUCAAUCUGCUCCACUGUCUGAAUGAACUGAAUGAUCGUUGUCUAGUGAAAGAGAUCCAACAGUCCCUGAGUUCAGGAAGUCUCUCUACAGACCAACUGUCUCCUGCUCAGUGGUCAGCUCUGGUCUAUAUCUUACUGUCAUCAGAAGAAGAUCUGGAUGUUUUUGACAUGAAGAAAUACUCUGCUUCAGAGGAGGCCCUUCUGAGAAUGCUGCCAGUGGUCAGAGCUUCCAGCAAAGCUCUGCUAAGUUGCUGCAACCUUUCAGAAAGAAGCUGUGAAGCUCUUUCCACAGUUCUCUGUUCCCAGUCCUGUAGUCUAAAAGAACUGGACCUGAGUAACAACAACCUGCAAGAUUCAGGCGUGAAGCUUCUCUCAGUGGGACUUGAAAGUCUUCAUUGUACACUGGAAACUCUCAGUUUGUCAGGCUGUCUGAUCACAGUAGAAGGUUGUACUUCUCUUGCAUCAGCUAUCAGCUCCAACCCCUCCCAUCUGAAAGAGCUGGAUCUGAGUUACAAUCACUCAGGAGGCUUAGGGAUGCAACGGCUGUCAGCUGGACUGAAUGAUCCAUGCUGGAAACUGGAAAAUCUGAGGGUGGAGCCUGCUGGAGAACAAUGGUUGAGACCAGGUCUGAGGAAGUAUUCCUGUCAACUCAUAAUCGACACAAACACAGUAAAUAGAAACCUCAAACUGUCCGAAAACAACAGGAAGGUGACACAUGUGGAGGAGGUUCAGUCAUAUCCUGAUCAUCCAGACAGAUUUGAUCAGUAUCCUCAGCUGCUGUGUAGAAAUGGUCUGACUGGUCGCUGUUACUGGGAGGUCGAGUGGAGAGGAAUGGUUGAUAUGUCAGUGACUUACAGAAGAAUCAGAAGGAAAGGAGGCAGAUAUGACUGUGAACUUGGAUUUAACGAACAUUCAUGGAGUCUGAGCUGCUUUGAUCAUGGUCCUUAUUCUGUCUGGCACAAUAAGACAAGAACAUCCAUCUCCUCCUCCUCCUCCUCCUCCUCCUCUGUCUCUAACAGAGUAGCAGUGUAUGUGGACUGUCCUGCUGGCACUCUGUCCUUCUACAGAGUCUCCUCUGAUACUCUGAUCCACCUCCACACCUUCAACACCACAUUCACUGAACCUCUUUAUCCAGGAUUUGUUUUUGGGUCCAGUUCUUCAGUUUUUCUGUGCAGAGUCUAAAGAAUGUCCUCCUGUUAGAGAAACACUUCAGAAGUCAGGUUUUCAGCAUUUUUAGACAGGCUGUUUGUUAUUAGAGGUUCCCUUCAGGGACUACAUUAUAGGUCACGCAGUACAGGUACACCAUUUUUAAAUUUAAUUCAGAUUGUCUGUAUGAUCUCCUGAACCUUCCUCCAGUAUCGAUUAUAUACUAUUUAAUCAGUAAUCAUUCUCUCAACAAUGACUACUAGACUUUCUCACUAUCAAAAUAAUCUAUAGUUAUAUUUUGUCAGUCUUGUUGCCAACUUUCACUAAAGCUGACACUGCAGACAUCUCCUGGAUCCACUCUAACGUAUGUAAUCUUCUGACUUAUAAAUAAUUGCACAAUAUACCAACAGUUACAUUGUUCAGACCCUGGGUUAGCUAGCUUAAUUGGUUUUUAUAGUCAUUUUAACACAUUGGGUUCAGGACCUGCAGUGUAAUCUCAAACAUAGCGAGCACUUUAACAUCAGUGAGAGGGUCGUGGAGAAACCAAAUGAAAGUUAUUAAAAAUUAUUUCGCAAUCUGAAAGCUAAUUUAAUAUUUCAUCAUUUAAUUUCUGAGUUUUAAAUGCCAGGGCACCUUCUAUUGUUUUAAUUUUGUUCAUAAUUGUGUAAAAUAAUCUUUCUUUGCAUGGUUUUAAUUAUAUUUUACGUUCAGUUACUUGAUUUUGUGCUGAGAAAACUGUGUAUAUAAAAUCUUAUCUAAAAUAAAAGCUCAGCGUUUCAUCUUA